GAUUGAGAGUUGGACGACGGUGCAGGCAGCCUGGGCAUGCAAAGGUAUAGGGGGUAAAAGGAGAUAGUAAAGAGAAAGGCUGAGCGGCAGGCAGCGGAUUAACCACCGUCACCCCUCCCUAACCUUCCAAUCUGCCAUCAUAGCGCAGGAGGAUGGGGAAGCAAGAUGACAGGGGGAAGAAUCAGAGCAUCAGGAUGAAUGUUCUGCCAGGAGGGGGAGCAGCAGAAACCCGAUCCAAGCACAACAAAGUGCAAGACUGUUGCAGCAGCAGCGAGAGCGGCAGCAGGGGAGCGGACCGGAGCAAGGGCACCGCCAAAUGUGACACGAACGGAGAGUACAGUCCCGGAGGCGCCGUGCACUCGCCUCCCAGCGCCUUGCACCGGGAACAGCCCUCCACCAUGGAAGGGAAACCCAAGCAAGCGUACGGCGCGGAGCAGAAAGCGGACGGCGGUGUGGUGUCGGCGGGGCACAGGAGGGAGGUGGGGGACGAGCCAGAGAGGAGCCGCCAGCAACAGCAGCAGCAACAGCAGAUCGGCAAGGAGCAGAACUCGGUGGGCUUCAAGAUCGAAGGGGGAGCUGCGGGAGACGAUCCGAUGCUCGGGCACGAUGGCGAGGACUUCCCGCAGUACAGCUCCAUGCAGAGCCACUUCACCGCCCUGCUCCAACCCGGAGUCAACAAGUUUUCCCUGCGGAUGUUCGGCAGCCAAAGGGCGGUCGAGAAAGAGCAGCAACGGGUCAAAACGGCCGGUUAUUGGAUUAUACACCCCUACAGCGAUUUCCGGUUUUACUGGGACUUGAUAAUGCUGAUGCUUAUGGUUGGAAAUCUCAUAAUUAUUCCUGUGGGAAUCACCUUCUUCACAGAGUCAACAUCCACCAUUUGGAUUAUUUUUAAUGUUGCAUCUGAUACCUUCUUCCUUUUGGACUUGAUAGUCAAUUUUAGAACUGGAAUUGUUGUAGAAGACAAUGCUGAAAUCAUAUUGGACCCAAAUGUGAUCAAAUGGAAGUACUUGAAGAGCUGGUUUAUCUUAGAUUUUGUCUCUUCAAUACCAGUGGAUUAUAUAUUUCUGAUUAUAGAAAAAGGAUUUGAUUCUGAUGUUUACAAGACUGCUAGAGCACUAAGAAUUGUGAGGUUUACAAAAAUCCUCAGUCUCUUACGAUUAUUACGGCUUUCAAGACUUAUUCGAUAUAUACACCAGUGGGAGGAGAUAUUCCAUAUGACAUAUGACUUUGCCAGUGCUGUGGUGAGAAUAUUUAACCUCAUUGGAAUGAUGCUUCUAUUAUGCCACUGGGAUGGUUGUCUCCAGUUUCUAGUUCCAUUGCUUCAGGAUUUUCCCCCUGAUUGUUGGGUGUCCUUAAAUGGUAUGGUUAAUGAUUCAUGGGGGAUGCAGUACUCCUAUGCACUGUUCAAAGCUAUGAGCCACAUGCUUUGCAUUGGCUAUGGAGCUCGGGCACCAGUGUCUAUGUCUGAUCUCUGGAUAACCAUGCUGAGCAUGAUAGUUGGAGCCACAUGCUAUGCAAUGUUUGUUGGCCAUGCGACAGCCCUCAUCCAGUCCUUAGAUUCAUCAAGACGACAGUACCAGGAAAAGUACAAGCAAGUGGAACAAUACAUGUCCUUCCACAAGCUGCCCGCUGAUAUGCGGCAGAAGAUUCAUGACUACUAUGAGCACCGUUACCAAGGCAAGAUCUUUGACGAGGACAACAUUCUGGAGGAACUAAAUGAUCCACUUAGGGAGGAGAUAGUCAAUUUCAACUGUCGGAAGCUGGUUGCCACCAUGCCCCUGUUUGCAAACGCUGACCCAAGUUUUGUGACAAGCAUGCUAAGCAAGCUGAGAUUCGAGGUGUUCCAGCCUGGAAACUAUAUUGUGCGGGAAGGGUCCAUCGGGAAGAAAAUGUAUUUCAUUCAGCAUGGGGUGGCUACUGUCAUCACUAAAUCAAGCAAGGAAAUGAAGUUGUCAGAUGGCUCUUACUUUGGAGAAAUCUGCUUACUAACAAAAGGCCGGCGUACGGCCAGUGUGAGAGCUGACACCUACUGUCGACUCUACUCCCUCUCUGUGGAUCAUUUCAACGAAGUGCUGGAGCAGUACCCAAUGAUGCGAAGAGCAUUUGAAACUGUGGCAAUCGACAGACUGAACAGAAUUGGGAAGAAGAACUCACUCCUGCUACAUAAGGUCCAAAGAGAUCUGAACACUGGUGUUUUUGACAACCAAGAGACAGAACUUCUCAAAAAGAUGGUGAAACAAGACCGGGAGAUGGUGCAAUUCAUAGACACACCCCUCAGUGCAUCAUUUGGGGUAUUUCCUCCAUUCUCUGGCAACUCAAUCAUCAGAGCUUCUAUGCAGUCACAGCCACCAAAUAUAGCUCAGUUAGAUUUUCAGCACAUUUCUUCACCAAAUUUGAAUACCUAUUCGCCGUCUUCUCAACCAUCCACAAGGCCACCCCAGCUGGUUCAGACUGUACCCAAUCAGAAUUCGCCAUCACCCAGCCCACAGGCAGUGGCUCCCUCACCCAGCUCUUUUACUGCUGCAGUUCCAAGUCCUUCUGUUCAGAGUCCAUUGGCAGGCCGAACUUUCCAAUAUGGUUCGCCAAAUGUGUCGCAGAUGUCCUUGAUGCAACAACAGCCAGUGCACAGCCCUGCCCAAAGGCGCAAUUCUAACAAAAGCACACAGGGUUUGCAAACGAGCAGCCUAAGCAGAGAAGUAAGACCUCUCUCGGCAUCUCAACCUUCUCUGCCUCACGAGGUGACACCAAUGAUUAUCAGACCACAUCCAUCCUCUGGAGAACCAUUAGCAGCAGUUCCUGCUUCUAUUCCAACCACACAAAGUCCAGGACCUCAAGGAAGCAUCCGAAGCACUGUUCCUCAAAGAAUGUCCCUCUUCCGGCACAUGUCCUCAGGAGCAAUACCACCACCUCGAGGGACACAAGUAGCUCCACCAGCCCAAAAAAGGGAAACGUCUGCAGUCUUAAAUACAGAUACUGAUCAAGGAAGACCACGAUUUCCCUCUAAUUUAUGACCUUAACAGUUUUUGUUUAUUGCUGACCUUGUUAAUAUUGAAUACUGAAAUCCUUCCUCAGCGAACUACAGGGCAACCUCAUUGUUCAUGAGGAUAGUCUUAUCAUCUUCUGACAGAUCGGACACUGCUGUCCUCAUGACAUGCACAGCUCAACGAAUGUAAAAUAUAACAGAAUAAAAUAUUACAAACCCUAAUUUUCAGAGUUCUAACUAGUAAACUACCAGUCUUCCUUCCCUAUGGAUUUUGAACACAUUGAAUUGUUUUCUAAACUCUUGUAACAUAAGAGAAGAGCAACAGUAACUCAUCAACUGGAUCAACGUUAUUGUUGAAACAAAAUUCUCUGAGUGCACAGCAAUGCAAAUCCAGUUUAGGACUGAGUUUUUAAGUGUUUCAAUGCUGCUCCGUAAGCAUCACCUACACCAUUCAGUGUUUCCUGCUGGAGAACUACUCAUCAAGAUAUUGUGUCAUUUAUCAACAAAGCAUGGAACAUCCAAUAUGUUUUGUAAUGAACUUUCAAUAGGUAAUUCUGUAAAUUCUGUUCCAGUAUUAUUCUGGGUGAUAUUUCUGCAUGUUCAGUGGUGGACUAAGGACCAAGUUUAAAACAAUCUGACAUCUCUGCUAAAAUAGACAAGACAUUCCUCAUUUUAGCUUCAGUGUUAAAUGUAUGCUGCAUUUUAAUGGAUUCAGCUAAAGGACAUUUACCUACAACAUACAUGUGGAGGAAAGGAAAUAUCCAUGUCUUUGAUGUUAGUAUAAAUGCAAAUUUGCUUAUUGUAGUAACUAGGAUUUUUUCAUUCCCAUUCCUCUUCUCCCCUUCAUUUUUCAUUAAGCUUUGGAAAAUAAUAAUUUGUAGGCCUGGAAGGUUAUUUAAAAGUUAUGUGAAAGACAGCAUCAUAUGAUGUCUGUAAGUACCAUGCUGCACAAUUUUAAUAUUGCAAUGUCUUAUUUCAUUAAAAUAAUAGUUUUAUUGGUUAAAUUACAUCUCCAAGCAAUUAAACUGGUCUUUUUCCUUUAUUUUGUUUCUUCAUUUUCACUGUAUUUGGUAAUGUACUAUGUUUGUUUAAAAUUUGCAGUUUUAGAAAACAUUCCCAAUUUGUUCUGUGUAUGAUGUUUCAAGACACGUAAUUAAAGGCAAUAUUUAAAGCCAUACUCUCAUAAUUUCAUUCAUAUUUUUAAACUCUUUAAUAAUGUGUAUUGAUUAUAAAUUCCUUCUACAUUUAGUUGUUUUGGCCUUCUAUAAAUAUAUUUGUGAACUUUUAAAAUGUGAGGUCAUUGGUCUUAAUGCAGCUCCAGAUGAUCUUAAAAAAAUCACAUCACCUUUCAGAGUGAUUUGUUUCUUUAUCAAAAUUAAUUCAUCACUGAGUGACCGAUCAGAUUCAAAAGCAUGGAUAUCUUUAUUUCCUUCAAUAUUUCCCCCGUAGCACUUUCCCUCAAAAAUGAAAUUAAAAAGUUGUGUAUGAUUUUUGUUGAAUAAUAAUACAUAAGACUGAAACUGUGUUGUUAUUUUCAGUUGCUUUGCUACAUGAGAGAAUAUGGCUUUAACUUAAAGUUCGCUUAUCAUAUGCAGUGCAAAUAGCUACAUAUUUUUGGAAUGCAAAACACUGAUUUAUUAAUCAAGAAAUCAAAUGGAACAAAUAAAGGAAAAGGAUUUAUUUCAAUAGGAAA